AUGGGUGAAUGCAGAUGCAGACCCGGGGUUGGGGGUUUGAAGUGUGACCACUGUGUGGCCACUUUCUGGGGCAUUCAUCUCAUCGCCAAAGGGGCACUUGGCUGCAGACCUUGCGGUUGCUCAGUGUUUGGAUCGUCGCGUUUGGACUGUGAGCAGUCGACCGGGCGAUGUCAGUGUAAAAAAGGAUCAUUCGGAUUGAAAUGUGACACAUGCAAUGCUGAUUCGAUUAUCACCGCUAUCGGUUGUGUCAAAAAAGAUGAAUAUAAAGCUCCUAAGAGUUGUUCUGAGACACAGUGUCAUCAUGGUGCAAAAUGUGUAAUGGACCGAAGUGGCAUGCCCGAUUGUAAAUGUCCCGUUGACAAGUGUCCAUUCGAGAAUAUCGGUUCUGUGGUCAAUAUGACCGUUUGUGCUUCGAACGGUGUCACUUAUGAUAACUUUUGCGAACUGAAUCAAUUUGCAUGUACACAUCAGCUUGAUUUGGUGGCUGUGUCACUCGGAUUCUGCAAUAAUGGUCAAAUUCGUGAAUGUUUUUUGUUGUUGAAUUCAUGA